GUACAUAACCGAUAUCGCAUGCAAAGCAGUUCAUGGUACGUAGUUGUCCACGAAUCCGUGGGUAAGAAUGGCCUGGAAGGUCUCGUCCAACUCUGGUUCAUGCACGACAGGGUACAUAUACAUCUACUUUUUACACCAAUCCGGACAUCACAUUCCGCAGUUUCGGUGCUCUAUCACGUCUUAUUUCUCGUCAGGCUAAAUCACCGUGCUGUCACCUGUCAGAUUCAACAGUGUUGUUCAAUGCCUAACAUCACGAGACUUUCCCUUCAUGCCAACACUGCGCUUUCAUCUCCCAUGCUGAAGUAUAUAGGAACCGCAACCUCGUUGGAAAGUCUUAUUUUCGGAAUUCGCUCACUCUUAUAACAAGUUUCUCUUAUAUUUUGUCAUCUCAGAGUAGCGAUAGACCGAUAGAAACGGUAUAAUGGCAUCUAUUGCCCGAGACAUCGAAUCCGUCCAAGAUACCCAAGAGGCAGGCAGUCGGGAGAUCAACGCUCCGGAAACAGAACAUCAAAGUCCUGUAGCAGAAAGCAUGACAAGCGGUUCCGUCACUUCUUCUAUAGUUGCAGAGGAACAGGACGAUGAUGACGUGAGUCAAUCAGGCGACAACGACAGAACAUUAUGGCAGAAUGUCAAGAAAUAUCGCAAAAUCUGCUUCAUCACGCUAGGACUAUCUAGCACCGCUCUUCUCUAUGGAUAUGACUAUGCCAUCGUAUCCAAUAUCUCUGGCAUGCAGAGUUUCCAAAAAGACUUAGGGAAAAUGUACAACAAUGAAUGGAUUCUCCCCUCGAGGUGGCUCUCCGGCUGGACAGCUGGUUCCCCCGGCGGAGCCAUGUUGGGCACAUUCUUCAGCGGAAGAUGGCAAGACCUAUACGGACGACGCAUAGUGCUAGGCUGUUCAUCACUCCUCUGCGCCAUGGGCGUAGCCAUAAUGUUUCCGUCGUAUCUAUCUGCCAGCCUCACAUGUCGACGCGUGCUCUUCCUCAUGGGCAAGAUCGUCCAGGGCUUCGCUAUCGGCGUCAACGUGUCCACCGCGCAGACGUACCUCAGCGAGAUCCUACCGCGUUCUUUACGAGCGAGCGCUAUGUCGCUGUUUCCAAUCUUCACUUGUCUGGGUCAAAUCGUAGGGGCGUUGGUGGUCUACACCUCUCUGGCUAAACCUCGCGGAUACGUUGUAGCGUUUGGUUCGCAGUGGCUGUUCUCGCUCUUCCCUGUUAUAGUCGCGUUCUGCAUCCCCGAAUCCCCAGCUUUCUACAUUCGUAACUCCAAGCUCGAUAAAGCGCGGGAGGCGCAAGCCCGGCUUAGCCCGCCAGACGUCGACGCUGAAGCGGCCGUUCGGAGAGUAAAACGAAACGUCGAUGCUCAAGUGCACGCCCGCAGGUCUUCCCGAUUCAUGCAUUGCUUCUCAGGCAUAAAUCGGCGCCGCACGUUCAUCGUCAUGUGGGCGCAGUCACUGCAGUCAGUCUUCGGGCUUGUGAUGUUAUCCAAGGCAGCAUAUUUCUUGCAGCUCGUCGGCUUGAGUCCCAAACAGAGCGUCAUAUUUGUAAUCGUGGGGCUCGUCUUGAGUUUCCUGGCUAAUAUCGCGAGUAUAUGGAUAGUAGCGCGCGUAGAGCGUAAAAAGCUUAUCAUGGUAACAAUGGGGCUUGCGUCUCUAUCGUGGUUGGGCAUGGGGAUCGCAAACUGUUUUUCCAACAAAGAGGUUGGGUGGUGGACCGGCGCGUUCAUGAUCCUCGUAGCCGUAAUCUGCAGUCUGGGAGUCUGGCCUGCAUCCUACACCGUCUCCUCGGAAACCUCUUCGCUGCGUCUUCGCGCACGCACCCAAGCCAUAGGCUGGCUUGCCAAUUCGGCAGCCUUCUUCGCCUCCGGCUUCGGCGUCACUUAUAUCUACAACCCGGACGGCAUCGACCUGCGUGGCAAGAUCGGGUUCACGUACUUUGGAUCGUGUGUGCUGGGGGUUUUGGUGACGUGGUUGGUGGUGCCGGAGAUGAAGGGAAGGAGUGUGGAGGAGAUUGAUCGCAUGUUUGAGUGCAAAGUCGGAGCGAGGGAGUGGGUUGGUUGGAAGGAGGAAGCGGUGAUUGAGAUGGAGGAAGGAGUAGGUCGAGAAAAAGAGGCGGGGAAGAAGGUUUAA